AUGAGAUUCGUGUCACUUUCUUAUGCUGGGUCUGAAGUUCCCGAAGAAGAGAAGAAGGAAGUAGCUGCGGAGGAAGAGAAACCAGCCGAAGAGGAGGCAGCCGUUGAGGAGGAGGCUGAACCUGCUGCCGAACCUGCUGCUGAAGAGACACCUGCUCCUGCAGCUGAAGAAGAAGUGGUAGAGACUCCAGCUGAAGAGACAACUGAAGAACAACCUGAGAAGAAGAAGAAGACUAACAUAAUUAAGAGAUUGUCACAACGCGGACUCAAGAAGCUGAGGAAGCCCAAGUCCAGCGAAGAAGCAGUCGGUGAUGAAGUAAAGGUCGUGGAGCCAACAGCAGAUGAAGCAGCCCCAGCGGAAGAAUCAGCCCCCGCAGAAGAAGCAACCCCCGCAGAAGAAGCAGCCCCCGUAGCAGAAGAAGCAGCUCCCGCUGAAGAGGAACCCGCUGAAGAGGUUUCUGUGGAGAAGGCCGACAAACGUCGGCUAAGUUUUGGGGCGCAAAUUCGAAAUCGUCUGUCGUUCGGAAAGGGUGAUAGGAAAAAGAAGAGACCAGCAGUUGCCGAAGAGCCAGCAGCAGAGACUCCAGCAGAAGAAGAAGCUCCUGAGACUCCUGAAACUGAGGAGGAGAUCAAGGAGAAGGCAGAAGACGAAUCCGCCGAAAAAGAAGACACAGAAGAGAAGCCCAAGGCCAGGAAGAGUUUCCUCUCUAUCUUCAAGAAGAAGCCUAAAACCGAGGACGCAGCCGCACCCGAGGUAGCAGAAGAGGAGGCCCCCGCGGACCCUGCUGAAGAAGCCCCUCCAGUUAUAGAAGAACCAGAAGCUGCAGCCCCUGAAGAAACACCUGCCGAAGAUGCCCCAGCUGAAGAGACGCCUGCUGAAGACACACCUGCUGAAGAGGAAAAGACUGAGGUUAACGAAGACAAACCUAAGAAAGAAAACUUCAUGAGCAGAAUGAAGAACAGCUUUAAGAACACGAAGAGACCAAAGGUAGAGAAAAGGAAUAACGAUAACGAGGAGCCAGCAGCUGAAGAAAUCGCCCCCACUGAAGAGGAAACGCCGGUAGAGAAAACAGAUAACGAAAUAACAGAUAACAAAGAGGCAGAGGAAACGAAAAAGGAAGAAAAGGAGAAGAAGAAACGAUCGAACAUCUUUAAGAAACCCAAGAAAGAGAAGAAAGAAGAGGAUGUAGUGGAAGAUAACAAGACGAUCGAAGAAGCAGCAAAAGAUGACACGAACGAGAACAAGAAGAGGAGCAAGCUGAACCUCUUCUCCAAGAAGAAAGAAAGUACGGAUGAGAAGUGUGACAAAGAAAAAGCAACACCCGUCCACACGUCGGACGAAGAAACCCACAACGUUGACAAUGGCACGCCUGGAGUGGAGGUCGGCGCCUGAGCAUCAUGAGCCCAUUACAUCGGAGCUCAGUUUCCCUGAUUAUGUCUCGCAUUAAGCGGCCCCGAACUACGGGCCCAGGAACAGGUGCACCCACCUACGGUACGCUAAAUAGAGAGCCCUGUCCAGGCACUGACAAUUCUAUUCUAGACACUGCACCUUAAAGCAGGCUCUCAACGCGCAGAUCUCCGUGCCGAGAUGCGCAGCACGUGCUAAGUUUGAGCAUGUGUUUGUAUGCAUGGUACGUGCGGGUGUGAAACGUUUUGUUCUAUUUUUAAUUUACGGUAUAUGUUUCUUUUUCGGUUUUUGGUUAAUUUAGUCCACGCCAAAUAGAAAAUAUGUACAAGAAUUAUUGAACGGAUUCCCUAAUCCCGAGCUAUUUGCAUAUUUUCUUAUUUACUAAAUUUAUAUUUUCGAAAUUUCUCGUAGCGAUAUCAUUCGUUGCUUGAUUUUAAUAUUGGAGUUUAGAAUUUGUUGGAAAUUUGAAUCUGCAUGAAAAUUUAUUGAGAAUUAUUAAAUAUAUAAUUUAAAUUAGUCUACCAUGGUGGAAAAAUUUUUAGCUUCAAACAUCUCCUUUGCUUAUUGAGUAUUACUAUAAGUAGUUUCCUAGGAAAUAUUUAAUUGUUGAUAAUAUUAGAGGCAGAACGAUUAUGAUCGAUAAAAGACCUAUGUUUUAAGGUGUCCCCUAAUGGGCCGUGUUUUGUUUCAUGAUAUAAUGCUAUCUUCAGUUAAAAUAUUUUAUUUUUAUUCAACUAAAAGUCGGAAGCCGAGCAUUGAUUUUUAUAGGAGCUUAAUGAGCAAGCUUAGAACUUGUAAUGUUUUAAAGUGAGCCUGCACUUGAACUGUAAUAUUAAUGUAAUUUUUUAUUAACAUUAAAAA